AUGGCAGAGGCUGCAGGUCCGGAGCUGUUCUCAGAGCAGGAGUUAACUUGUUCCAUCUGCCUGGACCUGUUCAAUGAUCCCGUGUCCACACCAUGUGGCCACAACUUCUGUCAGGCUUGUAUCGGUGGUUACUGGGCCUCUAGUCCGGUCUGCACAUGUCCUCUGUGCAAGCGUCAGUUCGAUGAGCGUCCACAGCUGAGCAUCAACAAAGUCUUCGCUCUCAUCGCAGAUAAAUACAAACUUGCUCGUUAUGGCGCCGCAGGUUUACCACCACCACCACUCGGUAACGGGACGCCAGGUUCCAUGGCAAUGUUUGCAGACACUGGGAGCACUAACCCGUUUGUGUCGGUGGCGGCAGCUGGUGAGGAGGUGGUGUGGUGUGAUGUGUGCACAGGUGUUAAACAGCCAGCCGUCAGCUCCUGCCUCACCUGCACCGCCUCAUACUGCACUGAGCAUGUGCAGCCGCAUCACACCACACCGUUCUACGCCAAACACCCCCUGAUGGACCCCCAGGAGGCCCUGAGGGGCCGCACCUGCUCCAUGCACCGCCGCCUGCUGGAGGUGUACUGCAGGACAUGUCAGCGCUGCAUCUGUGCCAUCUGUGUCCUGGAGGAACAUCGUACGCACAAAACUGUCUCGGUCCAAACCGAGAGACUUGGCAAACAGAAACAGGUGGCGAGAACAGAACAGGAGAUCCUGAACCGGAUCAAAGAGAAGGAGAUCCGAGUGACUGAGCUGAAGAGGAAACUGGAGGGAGUCCAGAACUACGCAGACAGAGAGCGUGGUGAGGUUGAACACCUGCUGGACGAAGUCUCCGCCUCCCUGGACAGGAUUCGGUCUCAGGUGGUGGGCGGGAUCCAGAACCAGCUGGACGCCGUGAUGUCAAAGGGGGAGGGGCUGGUGAACCGUCUGGAGGCGGAGCUUGAACAGCUGACGGACAGGAGGGCCACGCUGGAGGUGCAGGCCAUCAGUCAAGAUCACAUCGGGUUCCUGCAGAGUUUUGAGGAGGCCACAGCUCCUCUGUCCGAUGAGCAGCAGGAGGAGGUGGACGAGCAGUCAGAGUUCCAGCUUCACUUCCAUCUGGGAGACGUAAAGAGCAGUUUGUCCGAAGUCAAAGACAAGAUGGACGACAUCCGCAUGGGGGAGGUUCGCUCCCGGGGCUCCAGAGGCUCUUUUUCGUCAGGUGACCUGAUGGCGGCAGAGAGCAUGCUCAGUCUGAGAGGAAGCUCAGCCAGUCUGAGGAAGAGUCAGUGGUCUCUGAAAGAUCUGAAGAAGCACAAACAGGUGUCAGGACACAAGAAGGCUCGAGUCUACAUGGAGGACGUGACGUUGAAUCCGGUGACGGCGUAUCCUUUCCUGAUCCUGUCUGAGGACAGGAAGCAGGUGAAGAGAGGAGAGAAGCUGCAGUUCUACAGAAACAGCCAGCAGAGGUUUGACGUCUGGUCCUGCGUCAUCGCCAAGGAGGGCUUCAGCACCGGACGCCACUACUGGGAGGUGUUUGUGGGCGAGAGUAAGGAUUGGAAGCUGGGCGUGGUCACCGAGUCUGCUCAGAGGAAAGGUCUGUUCGACAUGAGUCCCAGUAACGGAUACUACGCUCUCUGGUGGAGCGGCAGCCAUCUGCGAGCGCUCACCACACCGCCUCUAACCAAGGUGAAGAGUCCUCCAAAGCUGCGACAGGUGGGCAUCUUCCUGGACGUGGACGAGGGUCAGGUGUCCUUCUACAACAUCAAGUCGGGCUCAGAGAUCUACAGCUUCAACGGAUCCUCCGAGUUCACCGAGAGGAUGUUUCCUCUGCUGGGCACCGGAGACAAGGAGGUUCCUCUGAUCCUCAUGACCACACAGCACCACCUGGCCUGAGGAACUGGACCAGGACCACAAGGUCAUACCGGAGUACAGGAUGGAUGGUGGGAGGAGGAAGAGGAAGGAGGCUGAUGAAGCACGAGGAUGUGUUUUGACAGAAACUGAAUCUCACCGUGACAUAAAAACAAUCCUCAGUUUCUGUUGGUCAAGAAAAAAACGUCUCCUUUUCACACAGCAAAAUAUUUUUCCCGUUAUUACCCUGAAUGUUCAUGAACGUGGCAGAGGGAAAAUUUUGUGAUAUAAAAACAGCAAACAAUUACUAUCAGUUUGCCCAUCUUACUGACACUGUUUAUAGUUUACAGUUUAACCUCUAACAUGUGAGAAAACAGUGAAGAUCAUGUUUUUAUGUGUUUUUUUUCCGUCACAAAACCAAACAGACCAAACCAAAAAUGUGUAAAUUUUUAGGCAGUAUUUGUCAGCUCUGCAUACUAAUUAUCUGUCAAUCGUUAAUCAAAAAUCACUGCAGCUCUAAUAAAAAGAAGCAAUGUGCUGUAACAAUACGUGUAAAUAUGGUAAUAGCAAGAAAGUAAUGUAUUAAUGUCAUGAAAAGUAUCUUAAUAUAACAUUAAAAGUUUGGUUUUAAAAGAUAAAAUGAACAAAAGGUUUCAUGUGGAAGAAAAAAAAUACUUGUGAAAGCUAAAAUCAGCUCCUCGCUAAAACUGAGCAAGCAAACCUGCUUUUUUGUAAAUGAACACUGAACUUGUGUAAAAAAUAUUUAGUAUUUAUAGAGAGACAAUGAGUGUCUAUGCCUUCUGCCAAAAAAAAAGUUAUGUUAAGAAUAUAAAUAUAAUAAUUAUGGGGAAAUAUUUGGACUUACUCUUUCAAAAACUGAGAUUAAAUCGUGCUAUUUCAAACUCAUAACAUGCUAAAAGAAUCUUCAGUCACAACUAUUAGAUAACAGCAAAACUUUUACAUUGAAACAGAAAUAUUACAUCAAAACAUUCAAUGUACUUUCUCAAAGUUUUGAUUUAAUGUUCUCAUAAAUCCUGCAAAGUUCCAAUUUAUUGUUUUCGUCAACAAUUCUUUUGUCUCUUGGCACAAAAAGGCCUCUGUAGUUUUUCCCAUUCACUUCAAUACAGUCAAAGUCUGACCACAGCACCGUCUAGUGGACACGAGAGGAACUGCAGCUGGAUUUACAGGUUUCACCAUCAGAGGCUUUGAGUCAGAAGAUUCAUCGGUGAUUGUUCUCAACACAUAAAAUUGAUUGUUAAAAUGUUUCAUACAAUAAAAACAAAGUAUUUGCAGCGUCUCUGAGGUUGGAUUAAACACAGUUGUCACUUUGGGGAACUAACAACCAUUUUGGUGGUAAAGCUCAUUACAAUUUUCAUUGCAGUUUUUACUGUGUUUUUCUAUAGACUGUACAGUGUAAAGAAUGGUCAGAAAUGGAAACAAAAGCAAUAAAAGCAAAAUUAUUAAAUAAUGUGAAUCU